GACCCAGAUCCGACUUUCAACUCGAGCCUUCUCAACCAUACAACUCUCCAGAACCUUCAAUACACAGAUCACUCAAGAUGGCGCCCACAGCACCAACAAAAGCCCUCUCCGCCCGCGAAAAGCGCAUGGCCCGCAUCCGCGGCGACAUCCACCCCCUCGCGCCGCACAAGACCCUCCGCCCCGAAGCCCAAGUCGACGACGGCUUCCUCACCAACAAAAAGGACAAGCGAACGAUGAAACACAGCGCCUUCCUCAGCAAAGUCGCCAAGACGGCCCCCGGCAGCGGCAAGACCCUGAAGCGCCGGAGACCGAACAAGAAGCUCGUCGCGACCAUGGAGUCGCUCGCCGACGCGCUGCCGGAGCUGGAGGAGGGCGCGCAGACGCUGGAUCAGCUGCGCGAGGGCAAGGUUCGACAUAAGAGUCUCAAGAGCAGGCCGGGCGCGCUGAAGAGGAAGGAGAAGGUUGUUAAGGCCGAGGUGGCGAGGUUUGGGGCUAGUAUGGCGGCUUUGGCUUCCGUGCCGGCUGUUGCGAAUACUAGCAGUGCUGGUGCUGGUGCUGGUGCGAUGGCGGUUGAGGAGACGGGAGCGCAGGAGACGACGGCGAGUGCGACUUCGAGCCGGUGGGCUGCGCUGCGGAAGCACAUUUCGAGCACGAUGGAGCAGAACCCUGCUUUCAGCACAUAAGGCUUGAUCGUGGUAUAUUUACUACUAUCACUGGCAGAGAGGGAUUCCCGACGGACUUGAUCAAGACAGCGGCUGAGAGCAGGGCGCACAGAAGCAUGGAAUCACGUCGACGACAGGUGGGCAGAGACUCCAUGAUGGUUUCGCGGCGCGCUUGGCGCUUACAUCAAUGAUUAGACGAUUUGUCUUUCGGAGGAUUCCCGAUAUUGAAGAAAUCGUCGUCACCAAGCGGAAAAUGACGACGAAAUUCCCCCUUGAGACGCAACGGAACUCCCAUAGGGCCACAUUUGUUGAACGAAAGGCUAGGAGUGGCACCCUAGACUGGGGAUAUAUCAGAAGCCUGCAAACAGUCUCGAUGGCGCCUGCAUUAUUAUUUUAUGAUGGCCGCGAUGGUAUCCACGAUGUUCAUAGAGUUGUCAGGGCCGGGAAGCCUCUACAUGAUGCAUACAGUGUCAGGUACACGUAUGCCGGUAUAGAGGAUACACGAAGAUGAUGUGGCAGUUGAGCCGCAAUUGGUCCAUCAGUACCUUCCGAUGGUCAGGCCGCAGACUGUGAUCAGACUGAGAGCGUCUUGGGGGCACUGGAACGGCAUCAAAUAGGAUGGGCAGUACGAGGAACCGAAGAGGUCCCAAUAAGUAGCCAGGGAGGAUAGACCCCUAAGGC